CCAUAUGCAGUACAUCAUUAAGCUUGCAUUCCAAAUUGAUUUUCUCCUCCCAAUAAUCUCUCAUGGCUUUGCUCAUUGGUCGAUUCUCAAUAUUUAUCAAAGAGGAUCGCAUAGAUCAUAUCUUUUGUUACAUGAACCCUAACAAAAGUUCUCAAAUCUUCGAUAUCCACCACAACAAUGAACAUAUUCAAAAAGCAGUUCCACUUUUCUCAUUGGUAGAAUUGGAUUGAUAUUUAGGGUCUCAGGGCAAGGCACAAACCGAAAGCGUUUUCUGCGUCUCUUGUUCCUUAUCGGAUUGACCCUGACCUCAACAAGAAUAGGAAGAUGAUCUGAUUUACUAGGGUCAAUUUUACUGACCCUAGUAAAAGGGAAUUGAUUCCGCCAUUGAAUUGAGCAUACCGCUCUGUCAAGUCUUGUCUUCACUUCUACACCUCCCCAGGUCAGUUAGGAUACAAUUGUUCUAAGGCUUCUCUAAAGCCCUGCAUCUGCCGUGGACAUCUCGGUGGAGACAUCUACAGCUUUGAAGCUUCAAAGGGGCAUUUCGAUCAUCAAACAUCUGAAUCAACUGACCCAGUUACGUUUAGUUGGCUGUCUUGAUGAGUUGACCAGUACGUUAAUGCUAUGCAAAUUGUCAUUUUCAUUUCUACUUCUAAAGCAACCUAAUUGAUAUUAGUGGCUUGCAAAGCUCUACCUAUAGACUAAAUAUCAGAGCUGAGUUGAGAAUGCACAUUUAGUGGGCUGUCUUUCUAUGUUCAGAUGGAUGCACAUUGUCUGUGCAAACUCCUUUUAGGUUAAUACUUGCAACAACCUAAAUAUUAGCUAGGCUUAUUUAGUAUUAUUUGGAUCAGGGUAGUUUUUCAUGUGUGCCUACUGUCUAGCAGUAGGAUUCCCUAGUUUAGUUAGGAUUUUCUAUUAUUAGGAGUGAAUUGGGUUUCUAACAUCAUGGGGUAUGAUGUAUUGUGAUGCUGUUUUCAAUUACAUGUUGCAAAUAGUUUUAUUGCCACAUAUACAUGAGAACCCUCGUAGAGCUAGUUACAAAGUUCUGCAGUUUUACCCUGUCCAUUUAUCAGUAAUAAGUUUUCAUGUUAAUUAGUUUCUCACCAUGGAGAAUAGUUAACUCAACAACACAAAAGUUGAGAAAAAAACCUCCAUUAGUCGGAUAGUAAUGUUAACAAUCAAUGAUAAUUCAUAGUAGUCUAAUAGAGUAAUUUACUGAACUUGCAUCUUUUCUAGCUAGUUCAGGAAAACAUAUAACGGCCUCCCAAGUACUCAUGCAUGUCUUGCCCUCAGAUAACCCCAACCUAACCACCCUCUGAAAUAUUUAGCUUGAUGAAAAUAACAUGCCUCUCCCCUUGGAAGACAAAUUUAAGAACCAUGUCAAAGUUAAGAAUGAAAUUAAAGGAGAAUUACGCAGUCAAUUAACCCCAUUACAUUUAGCAGGCUAUCUUUAUAAGUUAUGGUCAUGAAAAUUGCCUUUUGGAGACUGUUUUUGUUGUUUAUUAACUUCAGAAACAACCUAAUUAGUCAAAUUGGAACCUACUUUCUCAUACCAUUUUGGCGAUCCGACCAUUCAAGAAUAGACAAAAAGGGAGUUCACCAAAAAAGUGUGACUAUUUGACUGGGGGUAAGAAUGAAAAUUUAGCGGUCAAAGGAGUAUCCAUUGUACUUCAUCUUGUGAUCUGAAAAUCACACUUUUCUUACCGAAAACAGAAUCACAGAGAAGUUGCAGGCUUUUAUAAUUGGCGUUUCUAAUUUCUAAUACCUAUGAACUUACAAUACUUCAUUGCUUUAAAUACAUAGAAUUGAUCUCUUACCGAAAACUCAAUGCAUCUAAGUGCUCCAACUGGUCUCUUCAAUCACAAAUUUACUUGAAAAUUAAGCCACCUGCAUCCAUCAUUCUCACUAUAAACACCUCCAUUUUCUCAGCAACCAAAACAGUUGCACAGUCGCACUCCCUGUUCUCUUUGCUUGGACACUUAUGCUGAACACAAUGUUUCCUCUCAGUCCCAAAAAUAUACCUACAUCAGUAUCCUCACUGUUCUCAGCCUAUGCCUCCUUUACUGCAUUCAUAAUGUUGUUCCGUGCCAUUGUCAAUGAACUCAAAGAUCUCAUCCCCCUUGGGGUUCGAUCAUACAUAUACUCUAAAUUUCGGUACUACUUCUUUACUCAUCCCUCUGAUGAUGACCUAACUCUUGUCAUCAACAAGCACUUUGGCAUGGCGCCUAACGAGGUCUAUGAGAAGGUAGAGGUCUACCUUGGAGCCAAGAUUAGUCCUUCCGACAAGCAUCUGAUACUGAGCAAGACGAAUCAACAGAAGACUGUCACCCUCGCCAUUGAAAAAAGAGGCCAAGUUGUCAGUGAUACCUUUGAUGGCAUUGACCUUCGGUGGAGUUACGUGGCCAAACCAAAGAAGUCCAAAUCCAAGCAGAGUUCUGCUGGAGAUGAUGAAGAAGUAGAGUGGUGCUUUGAGUUAAUGUUCAAUGAGAAACACAAAGCCAAAGUGAUAGACUCCUACAUUCCCUAUGUGUUUACACAGGCCGAAUCCAUUAAACAAGGGGAGAAAGCUCUAAAGCUUCAUUGCUCUGGUAGGGAUCAUUAUGGGACUUCUAAAAGUUGCAUAGAUCUUGUACACCCUACAACUUUUGAGACAAUAGCAAUCGAUUCAGAACUUAAAAAAAUGAUCAUAGAUGACUUGGAUAUGUUCGUGAAGAGGAGGGAAUUUUAUAAGAAGGUUGGGAAGGCUUGGAAAAGAGGUUAUUUGUUAUAUGGUCCACCUGGUACUGGAAAAUCUAGCUUGAUUGCUGCCAUGGCUAAUUAUCUCCAGUUUGAUAUACAUGAUUUAGAGCUUUCUGGUAUUCGUGACAACUCUGACUUGAGAAGGGUGUUGUUGUCUACUACAAAUCGUUCUAUUCUGGUUGUUGAGGACAUUGAUUGCAGCGUGAAAAUAAAAAAUCGGGAAUCAGCUCAGCCUUCCAAACCCUCUAAUAGCCUAGAUUGUAGUCCAACAAGCAAGUUCACACUGUCGGGUCUACUGAACUUCAUAGAUGGUCUAUGGUCAUCUUGCGGCGAUGAGAGAAUAAUUGUGUUCACCACCAACCACAAGGAGAAACUAGACCCUGCAUUGAUGCGUCCAGGUCGAAUGGAUGUGCACAUUCACUUGUCAUAUUGCACUCCAAGUGGGUUCAGAACCUUGGCCUCUAACUACCUUGGCAUUCAUGAAACCAACACUCAUCACCUCUGUGGAGAAAUUGAAGGCUUAAUAGAGAGUGCAGAGGUCACCCCUGCAGUUGUAGCCAAGGAGCUUAUGAAGAGUAAUGAUACCGAUGUUGUUCUUGAUGGGCUCGUCAAGUUCCUCAAACAAAAGAAGGUCAAGAAUGAUAAAGAGAAGUUAAAAAAGGCUAAAAAAGCCGAUGAGGACGGGACUAAGAAAGCAGAGAAGCAGGAAAGGGAGGAGGAUGCAAACAAAAACUGCUAGAAGAGUUGGAGUAAAACAGAAGCCACAAUUUGAUUUGGGGAAAAUGUACCAUAGGUUGUCUUUAUAAUUAAGUUGAUCAGGAACAUUGUUGCAAACUCUUCUCGAGUUAAUUUCCACUUUCAACAACAACCUGAAUAGUAGCUAGGUUUAUUCGGAGUAGUUUUUCAAGUUGAUCUAGCAGUAGGAAUUCCUAGUUUAGCUAAGGAUUUCGAUUGUUAGGACUGAAUUCGUUUUCUAACAUCAUUUCAGGUGCUACUGUAUUGUCAUUGUCUUUUCAAUUACAUGUUUGCAAAUUAGUUUCCUUGUUUAAUAUAAGUACUAGUUCCAAAGUUCUACAUUUCUACACCUAUGUCCAUCAUCACUAAUAACUUCUUAGGGUACGGUAAUCAAUUUCUUACAAUGAGGAAUGGCAAAAUCAAGGGGAACGAAAGUUGAGAACACAAAAAUCUCUGGAAAUUGGACAGUAAUGUAGACAUUCUCAGAUAAAUCGAAGUAGUGGUUUAGUCGAGUAACUUACUGAACUU